AUGGCAAGGUUUAUCGAUGUCGAGAGGGACGAGGAGCUCAGAGAAAUACAGAGGCAGUAUUCAAGCUUUAUAGACGAUAGGACUGGAAAGGGAACAUAUUAUCGGAAGAUACAGGAUAUGAUUGCCGAUAAUCGUCGACGUUUGCUUGUGAAUAUUAAUGAUCUGCGGUUGAAUUUUCCUGAGCGAGCUCAACGACUUUUAAGGAAUGGUUUCGAAGAACUUAUUUGCCUGGAAAAUGCGUUUAGGGAUGUUGCUGCUUCGGUCGAUCCGGAAUACGUUAAGGAACAGGACCAGUUACUGGUUGGAAUUGAAGGAAGCUUUGGCGUACGCCACGUCAACCCAAGAACAUUGAAGUCGUAUUAUCUUGGAAACCUGGUGUGCUGUGAGGGGAUCGUGACUAAAUGUUCGCUUGUGCGCCCGAAAGUAAUUAGAAGCGUUCAUUACUGUCCGCAGACUGCGAAAAUAAUCGAGAAGAAAUAUUCCGACUUUACGUCCUACGAUGCAUAUCUGACUAACGCUGUUUAUCCUACCGAAGACGAAAAUAACAAUCCGUUGGAAACGGAAUAUGGCCUCUGCAGAUACAAAGACCACCAGGUCUUUACGCUACAGGAGCUGCCGGAAACGGCACCAGCUGGACAGUUACCGCGUUUUGUCGACAUCAUAGCUGACGACGACUUAGCGGAUUGGACAAUUCUGAUAGCGAAUAACGUGCAGCUCUUGGCGAAGGAGGCUAUCCCAGUGUUUCGAUCAACCGAUAUUCAGCGCAUCCGUGAGUUUCUUCACAUGAAAGGCCAUGUUAUCGACAUAUUAGCCAGGUCGCUAGCUCCUUCCAUUUAUGGCCAUGAAGAAGUAAAGAAAGCUAUUCUUUGCAUGUUGCUUGGGGGCGUUGAGAAAGUGCUUCCUAAUGGUACCAGACUACGAGGAGACAUCAAUAUAUUAUUGAUAGGCGAUCCAUCAGUUGCCAAGUCGCAGCUUCUGAGGUACGUGCUAAACACGGCUCCCAGGGCUGUUUGCACUACGGGAAGAGGAUCAAGCGGAGUCGGUUUAACUGCAGCAGUAACCACUGACUCCCAGACAGGUGAAAAACGCUUAGAGGCCGGGGCGAUGGUUUUGGCCGAUCGUGGAGUCGUAUGUAUCGAUGAAUUCGACAAGAUGACAGAUGUCGAUCGUACGACUAUUCACGAAGUGAUGGAGCAGGGAAGAGUGACAAUUUCAAAGGCUGGAAUACAGGCUAGGUUGAACGCACGUUGCGCAGUUCUUGCCGCCGCCAAUCCAGUAUAUGGCCGGUACGACGAGGCGAAAUCGCCCAUGGAGAACAUUGGAAUGCAAGAUUCUUUGCUUAGUCGUUUCGAUCUUUUGUUUGUCCUUUUGGACGAGCACGGAGUCCAGCGAGACAACGCUGUUGCGGAAUACGUGGUAAAAAUUCACCGCUUUCGCGCCAUUGGCGAAGAGGACGGGGCCGUGUUUGAGAGCGGGAACGACAUUCAGUCGCUGACGACAUUGAACAUUCAGCAGGAGGAAGACGACAGUGAUGAGGAUGAGGAAAUUUUCGAGCGCAAUGCUGCGUGGUUGCCAUCAGUGGACGACGGGAUGAAAUGCGUGACGAUAAGUUUUAUGCGUAAAUAUAUUCAAAUUGCGCGGCAGGUAAAGCCGAUGUUCACUGAUCAAGCUGGCGCAUACGUCGCUCAGAGGUACGCUGAACUUCGCGCGUUCGAUGACAAGCAGUCAGACAAAGAAAAGACGCAACCAGUGACAGCGCGUAUGCUUGAAACAAUGAUUCGUCUGUCUACCGCGUUCGCCAAAGCUCGUUUGGGGAAAACAGUGACUGUGAAAGAUGCAGAGCAAGCUUUUAAACUGCUUAGCUUUGCCUGUUACAAGAAGAUAUUUAUAUUGUGUACGAAGCUGGCAGUCGCUGGUUAA